AUGGAUCAACAAACAAUGUUUGAAGAACCAAUAAAUAUAAGUGAAUACAUUAAUAGUAGUCCUGAUAAAGAUGUUUGGUUAUUGAAAUUGGUUUCAAAAUUAUCGAAUGAUUUGAAUAAAAUAUUCAAGAGUUCCACAGAUUUCGACAUGGUUAUUGAGAAAAUGUCACUCCGAAAGUAUUCGAGUGCAUCAUAA